CACCCCCAGGCACGCGCCAGAUGCGCUGUCGCGUCGAGACGCAGCACAGCGCCCGCGCGGGGAAGAACGAGACCAAGUUCCGAAGCAAGGCCGAAGCAAGGAAGUUGGCUGGGGAAUAGGCCUCGCUCGGCUCUAAUUUGGAUCUACUGCGCAGUUCCCGCCGUGCUCUCCGCAGCCGCCCACAGUCUCGCCCCGGGAGGAGGCGGAGAAGAGGCGGAGGAACGGCGAGCUCUCCGCGCCCGCCCCUCUCCGCCGCUGGCUUCUGGGCGCCGGAAGGAGCCGGGCCGGACGCCAUGGGCGAGCGCCGCGGCUGCUUCCCUGGGUCGUGCGGGCCAGCUGGGCCGGGAGGCAGCGAGCAAUUGUCCUCAGAUGAAAAUAGCUUAAAAUCGAAUGAGGAACCUCUCUUAAGAAAAAACCCCCAUCGAUUUGUCAUCUUCCCAAUCCAGUACCCUGAUAUAUGGAAAAUGUACAAGCAGGCUCAGGCUUCCUUCUGGACAGCAGAAGAGGUUGACUUGUCAAAGGAUCUUCCUCACUGGGACAACCUAAAACCAGAAGAGAAAUACUUUAUUUCACAUAUCCUGGCUUUUUUUGCUGCCAGUGAUGGAAUUGUAAAUGAAAACUUGGUAGAACGUUUUAGCCAAGAAGUACAGAUCCCAGAAGCUCGCUGUUUCUAUGGCUUCCAGAUAGCAAUAGAAAAUGUUCACUCCGAGAUGUAUAGUUUGCUAAUAGACACUUACAUCAAAGAUCCCGAGAAAAGGGACUUUUUAUUUAAUGCUAUUGAAACAAUGCCGUGUGUCAGGAAGAAAGCAGACUGGGCACUCAGGUGGAUAACAGACAGGGAGGCCACUUUUGGUGAAAGAGUGGUUGCGUUUGCUGCUGUCGAAGGAAUCUUCUUUUCUGGUGCUUUUGCAGCAAUAUUUUGGCUCAAGAAGAGAGGGUUAAUGCCAGGCCUUACUUUCUCCAAUGAACUUAUUAGCAGAGAUGAAGGGCUUCACUGUGACUUUGCUUGCCUGAUUUUUCAGUAUUUAGUGAAUAAACCUUUGGAGGGAAGGGUGAAAGAGAUAAUUGUCAAUGCAGUCGAAAUUGAAAAGGAGUUCUUGACAGAGGCUUUGCCUGUCAGAUUGAUUGGAAUGAAUUGCACUCUGAUGAAACAAUACAUUGAAUUUGUGGCUGAUAGGUUACUCCUGGAACUGGGUUUCCCUAAGGUCUUUCAAGCAGAAAACCCUUUUGACUUCAUGGAGAACAUUUCACUGGAAGGAAAAACCAAUUUCUUUGAGAGGAGGGUUUCAGAGUAUCAACGUUUUGCAGUUAUGGCUAAAGCAAAUAAUAAGGUAUUUACUUUAGAUGCUGACUUCUGAUGCUGCCUUCUUGGAAGACUGACAAAGCCAACCUACACAUUCACCAUCAAUUACUACAAGAAGCUUCUGCUUCUUGUAAUCCAAGUAGGGUAUUCUAGGAAUAUCUUAACUAUUGAUGGUUGAUAGAAAAGUUUCUAUAAAUAUAUUACAAGUUGUGUGCAUACCGUCUUAACAACAAUUUGUUCUGUAAAAUCAUGCAACUUUUAUAAAACUAUAUUGUGACGUAGAACAAAGUUCGGCUGCUGAUCAUUUUGUUAAAAUCCAAUCCCAUUAUUAGAGUGGAAAGGUUUUAUGAUGAGGAGAAUGAUUACACUAUAAGGUUUCUUCCUAGCUUAGUUCUUGAAUUGAACUGAGUUGAAGGACAUAUUCCUUUGUACUUAAAGGGAUGUUCCAGCAUAAGACUUGGUUAAAGCUUGGAUGGGAGGCCACCAGAGAAGCUUAAGACUGUAAACUAGAUUUGGAAAACAUCCUAGGCAGUGGCAAACUACUUCUGUAUUGUUUCAAAGACAGCGACGUAGACACAACCAUGUAAUCAGCAGGUAUCGAAGUUGACUUGAGAGAGACUUUUUUUUUACGUAAGAACAAUCUGUGCUUGGGAUAAUGAAUAAGAUGACACUAGCACUUUAUACCAUCAUUCAUUUUGGUUAGUCAAAAUAGCACAACAUCUGACAUAAAAUGUUUUGGAGGGAUUUUUCAUUUGGCCUGAAUACUUUUGGCUAUAAACGUGACUGCAGCAACUCACAUAGCAUAGAACUGAUUCCUUUAUGUAAAGGUUUGGCUUAUUCAGCAUGAUGAACCAAUAUAGCUUGUUUUUGUUAUGCAAAUGUAGCUGUUUUGAUUUAGUCAGCAAAUCAUUCCUUGAUGUAAUGUGUGAACGGUAUCUGUGUUUAUAUGACACACUGAUUCAAAAACUAUCCAGGGCAUUUUAAGUUAGUGUAUUGCACAAACCCAGACCUUACCAUUAGUUUUUGGUUUAGUGUGUCAUAUGAACCUAGAAAACUGGGGUAAUUUAAUAAUUCAUGCAUAAUGAUGUCAUAUGAACUUAGCUACAAUGUAUAUAGUAGGAUAAAGUUUAAGCUUCUGUUCCUUAUUUAGCAUGUAAGCAAUGAAAAACAGAUGAAUUGGAAAACCCAAUUUGGUCGAGCUUGGUGUAUGGACAUCCAGUAAAUGGGGUGGGUGGGAGGCAGAGAUAAUGUAAUGGGGCUCAGGAUAUCAUUGUGUCUUCUACUGGAGGUUUAUACCUAGUAACCUCCAGAUAUCUUGGACUUCAGUUCCCUUAAUCCUCAGGUUAUAGAUUGUUAUUCAUAACUGUUCCAGUCCAAAUGGAAUCACAAUUUGAGGGUGAAACAUAUCACAAGGAUGAAAUAAAUCACACCCUAAUAUUGUUAGGAAUUGAUGGGUUUUGACACAUUGUGCUAAGCUAUUAUAAGGUGUGUUUGUGAUGUUUGAUCACAGUUAAUUGUGGGUUACUGAAUAGUGUAUUAUUUGAACCUACUGUAGCUUUGAAUCUGAAAUAGCUGCAAUAUUCCUUUUCCAAAAACUGGAAUAUGAAAAAAAAAAUGUUAGAAAGUCAGUUACCACUAAACUCAGCAAGUUUUACAUUAAGGUAAAUAUGUCUACGAUUGUACUGUCAGUGUGACUCCUUAAACACUACAUGUUAAAGAUUUGAAGUUUAUAAAGCUUUCUCUUUCUUGGUAUGUGCAAAUGUAUUUGGUCUUGAAUGCUGUCUACAUUGAAGUGAAGGAAACAGGCCUUUUGAACCAAGACAGGGAAGUACAUGAUGAGAUAUUUUGUUCGGUGUAUUUUAAAGUUUUUUCAAAGAUAGCUUCUUUCAUGCAUAAGACUCUGAUUUAGUUGUUUUAUUAAUGAAUUUGCCCAGUUGCCUUAUAAAACUUACAUUAAGCCUUGUAAAAUCUUUUCAGUUGUUGAGUUUAUUAUUUAUUUUUUUCACCAGUAAAAUGUCAUAAAUAUGAACUAGAAUGGAUAACGUAAAGAAUGCUUCUUAGUUUGUUACUCAUACUUUUUAGAAAAAUACAAGAUUAUUUAAAUAAAAAUU